AUGACGGACUCAGCGAUUCACUUCACUUCCGCCCCUUCGACCAGGAACCGGAAAUCCGUGGCAGCUUGCUCUGAGGAGGAGGCGGGCUCUCAGACCGGCGCUGCUGCGCUAAGGCGUGGUUUUCCAAGCUGGGGGAAGGUUCUGUGGACCGCGAAGGGGGAGGUGGGGGAGGUGGAGGAGAUGGCGGCGGCGGCGGAGGCGCAGGAAAAUGGCGUCCCCAGCCUGGAGCGAGGGCGGCGGGGCUGCGAGCAUUAUGACAGAGGCUGUCUCCUCAAGGCACCUUGUUGUGACAAGCUUUAUACUUGCCGGCUGUGUCAUGACAACAGUGAAGAUCAUCAGCUAGAUCGUUUCAAAGUAAAGGAAGUGCAGUGCAUCAACUGUGAAAAAAUCCAACAUUCCCAACAGACUUGUGAAGACUGUAGCACGGUGUUUGGAGAAUAUUACUGCAGUAUAUGCCAUCUGUUUGACAAAGAUAAGAAGCAGUAUCAUUGUGAGAACUGUGGGAUUUGUAGGAUUGGUCCAAAGGAAGAUUUUUUCCACUGCUUGAAAUGUAACUUAUGCCUAGCCACGAAUCUCCAAGGAAAACAUAAGUGUAUUGAAAAUGUUUCCAGGCAGAAUUGUCCAAUAUGCUUGGAGGACAUCCACACCUCCCGCGUUGUUGCUCAUGUCUUGCCAUGCGGGCAUCUCUUACAUAGAACGUGUUAUGAAGAAAUGUUGAAAGAAGGCUACAGAUGUCCGUUGUGUAUGCACUCUGCCUUAGAUAUGACGCGGUACUGGAGGCAGCUGGAUAACGAGGUAGCACAGACUCCUAUGCCAUCGGAGUACCAGAAUGUGACUGUGGAUAUUCUCUGCAAUGACUGUAACGGCAGAUCCACAGUCCAGUUCCAUAUCUUAGGCAUGAAAUGUAAGAUUUGUGACUCCUACAAUACUUCUCAAGCUGGAGGCCACAGAGUUCCAGUGGAUCAGGAGUGAGCAGCCUGCUGUCCGAGUGUGUCCUAACUAUGUGUAUCCACAUACGCUGUAUCCACAGCAGAGCAUUUCCUGUGUGUCUACGGACUCACGGUCUCUGGAUGAAAUGACCCUAACUCUUCCUGGGUGAAGCCUCUGUGUGUGUUGAUUGGAAAUUCCUUUACUGUCAAGCUUUGAAGCCGAUGAUGUUUCCCCAGACAUAGCCACAUUCAUAGAAAUAUUUUAUGUUUUCAUGGAACUUUAAGUGACACUGUGCACACCGAAUUUAUUUCUAGUUCUUGAUAGAACUGCAUUUAAUUUUAAUUAGCCUUUGAUUUUAAGGACUGUGAUGUAAUUUUUAAGUUCUUAUUGUUAAAAUCUGAUUACAUAUGCUUUUGAAUUUUCCAAGACAGUCCUUUGGAGCCUAUAAAUAAAGUUGUAUGUAAUAAACUGUAAAAAAAAUAUACUGAAAGAUUCUUUUACAGAAUUCCCCC